AGGUGACCAGACAGAUGCAGGAACAUGAGCAGGACUCGGAGCUGCGGGAACAGAUGUCCGGCUACAAGCGCAUGAGGCGGCAGCACCAGAAGCAGCUGAUGGCGCUGGAGAACAAGCUGAAAACGGAGAUGGACGACCAUCGCCUGCGGCUGGACAAGGACCUGGAAACGCAGCGCAACAACUUUGCGGCGGAGAUGGAGAAGCUGGUCAAGAAGCACCAGGCGGCCAUGGAGAAAGAGGCGAAAGUGAUGGCCAACGAGGAGAAGAAGUUUCAGCAACACAUCCAGACGCAGCAGAAGAAAGAGCUCAACAGCUUUUUGGAAUCCCAGAAGAGAGAGUACAAGCUCCGCAAAGAGCAGCUCAAAGAGGAGCUGAGCGAGAACCAGAGCACCCCCAAGAAGGAGAAGCAGGAGUGGCUGUCGAAGCAGAAGGAGAACAUCCAGCACUUCCAGGCGGAGGAAGAGGCCAACCUGCUGCGGCGCCAGAGGCAAUACCUGGAGCUGGAGUGCCGGCGGUUCAAGAGGAGGAUGCUGCUGGCGCGCCAUAAUCUGGAGCAGGACCUUGUGCGGGAGUCAGUCCUACAAAGGACGCUGUGGACACACUAUGCUCCCAGACUGUCCAAAUACAUGAGGACGCAUGAGUUCAAUCUCUGCAACCAGAAGGAAGGCGAAACAAUCAACCAAUAUGUUGCCGCACUUCGAAAGGCUGCGGCCUACUGCGAGUUCAGAGACUUAGACGAACUCUUGCUAGACCGAAUUAUAUGUGGUGUUCGGGACAUUAGUUUACAGAGGAGGUUGCUCACCAAAACCAACCUCACACUACAGAUUACCCUGGACGAAGCCAGGGCUACCGAGUCCUUGACCAAGUCGACAGAAACCCUACAGAGAUAA